CCACGGAUGCGGAAACUCGGAUCCAGGACAAGAUGGGGACUCCCACAACAAGACGAAGCUGGAAUUCCGCAACCGGGGAUCGCAGCCUGGCACUGAUUCGGCACCCUGCGAUGUUGCUGGCGUCAUCUGUGGAGGCUUGCAAUAGGGUAAACCUCAGCGCAGAGGGACGGAGAAUCGUAUAGUAGCUGCUGGAGGUGGUGGGAGUCCGACAAUUCGCAGCAGAGCAUGCACGAAUGGCAGUGGUCUGUGGCAGUGAUGGCGCCCUCCGUCUGACAAGCUGGUGAGAUUUGUUUGCACGCCAGCCGUAGGGUUUUUGUCGAGUGUGCAGUGGUGGGAGUUACCCCUUGGGGUAGAAUUAUUGCGGUAGCUUGCAACAACGGACGGGGUUUGAGAAUCUGAAGUGGUAGUAGAGUUGGUGUGAUCGUUUAUCUAUUAUCAGCGGAAAUGUGCCAGCAGGGAGCAACAGGAGGAUGAAAGCAGUGACUGGUUGAAUUGCACUUCUGCAUGAAAAUUGUCGCUCCAUAAUUUGGAUACAUUUUGAAUUGGGUUUGACUUCUUGCUGAGAGGUUGCAUACAGGUUUUGGGUUUAACACAUUGGGAAGAAGGUACUAAGGAUGCCGUCUACUUGCAAGACUUUGGCAUUGCCAUCUCACUUACAGUUGCUCGUAGAAAUGCCACUACCAUGAGAAAUUACAGCUUUCACUUGAAAAAGGUACUGAGUAGAGGUUGUGAAGGACUUUCAACAGAGCUGCAUUCCUAUGCAUGCUUUUGUCAUCAGCAAGCAAUUUGAAGAUCGGAGAAGGGUAGGGAAAAGGCUCCCUGUCUUUGAAACAUCAUUCACAAUGGGUUCUGGAAGCCAACAAUCGGGAGUUAAGCAUUCCAGGGGAGUGCGGGGUUUAUUGUUAAUGGUGAUGGUGUUUGUCACCAUCACCCAAAGCUUAAUGCAUGUUCAGGCUAUUACUCAUCCUGGAGAUAUUGAAGUUCUGAAAGAGGUGAAGAUGGCGCUGAAUGCAUCCUCCAUUAUGAACGCCUCAUGCAUGGGCUCAUGGGACUUUGCUUUUGAUCCCUGCGAAGCUCGGGCAAGUGCCCAUUUUACCUGCGGGAUAGAUUGUAGCCUACCCGUGUCCGGCGUUUCUCGCAUCAUAGGGAUUCGUCUCGAAACUGGCGCUGGGUACACGGGCCUCCUCUCACCUGCUGUGGGCAACCUCACUGCUCUUCAACGGCUCAUAGUCUCUGGAAACAACCUCCACGGUCCCAUUCCCGACACUUUAGGCAAUUGCAUGGAGUUGUUUCAACUGGACCUUUCAAAGAACGCGUUCAGUGGGCAAUUGCCAGCAUCUUUAGGCCUCCUUUCCACUCUCUCUUUCUUCUCGGUUGCCAAUAACUACUUGGAAGGGCCCAUCCCAGAUUCUUUCAACCAGAUGAAGAAUUUGACCUACAUGUACUUGGACAACAAUCGUCUGAUGGGAAGCAUCCCAUCUCUUGCAGGGAUGUCCACUCUCUCCUUCCUUGACGCAAGCAACAACAACCUUACCGGCUCCUUGCCUUCCGUUCCCCCUCAACUCUCUUUGCUCUCAUUGCGCAAAAAUCAAUUGACUGGCCCCCUUCCCCUAAGCUUGAAGAAUUUAACCUUUCUUCAGGUCCUAGAUGUGCGGGAGAAUAAGCUCAACGGUUCUGUAUUCUCGUUCCUCUUCAGCAUGCCGAAUUUGCAACAGAUGAACUUAUCUUACAACCAGUUCACGGAUGUGGAGCCUUACAAUAUGUCGACGGGGGAGAAAAGUGAGCUUUUGUCCAUGGAUUUGAGCUUCAACGAGAUUGGGGGAACGUUACCCGAGUUUCUAGCGGAGAUGCAGAAGCUCAUGGUUCUUGCUCUGCGGUCAAACCUGUUCACGGGGUCCAUUCCUUACUCCUAUGCGCUCAAAGUGGCGGACCCACCCAAUGGAACGGUUCGAUUGGGGCAGCUGUACAUGGACGACAAUUAUCUGACUGGGAGUAUUCCGUCUCCUCUUCUGAAUCUGACCUUACCUGAUUUCCGUGCUAAUUUUGUGAGGAACUGCCUAGAAAGUUGCCCGGACACUCUCUCUUUCUGCCAAGGGGCCACUCAAAAGACUCCAGCGGAAUGUAAUGUACCGAUUGUGUUGCCAGGCUGAUCAUUCGAAUCCACUCGUUCCGUUUCUGUUUUCAACACCCAAGAACUGGGGCGAGUAUGAUUUUGUUUAUUUAUUUAUUUUUUUUGUCUUGUAGAGGAUUACAUUUGAACAGACAGGCUGCAGAUGGUGCGUGUGUAUAUAGGUUAGUAAGGCAGACAGUGGAAUAUUAGAUGUUGGUGACGCAUACAAUACCAGUAUUCCACAUUUGUGCACAGUUUUCAAAUCGCACCACAUUGAGAUUGGCUUUGUACGCAGAUUUAUCUUUACAGAUACCUCGAGAUUGUAUGCGAUAGCAUGUACAUCUAAGUCGUGAUAUUGCAAGGCGGUGCUUGUGAAACUCUACUGGUAAAGUGGAGCUAUCUUCUGUCCAAAGAUCUGGCAUGGAUCUAGACUUGCUCUGAGUAUCAUGCAAAUUUCACUAGCAGGGCAGUCCUAACAGUAACUUAUGUGGACUCCAAUGGAAAGCAAAAUGUGCCCGGCCCUUGUGUAGCAGCAUAUUCUGUCAUUCUAUAAUCCUAAUAUUCUGGCCUACUUGUCUUGAUUCA